GCCGUAGCAUAUAGCGCGCGCGCGCGCGCCACCUGCCACCCACCGUCCGCGUUCGCGCGCGGCGUACCUACGUAAUACGCAUACCUUGCCCCCCAAAAGAGCCUCUCUUAUAACGACGCCGCGCCGGCCACGCUCCCCAACGACUCUACCUAUAGCUAGCUAGCUCGUCACACACACCUCACAGGCUCACACAGUAGUGCUCGUCCGCCUCGCUAGCUCGCUAGCUACACGUGUACCGUGCCGUGAUGUCGUCGCCGGUGGCGUCGUCCAGGGUGGCCGCCGGCGCCGGCGCCGCGCGGAGGUCGUCCCCGUCUCCUGGCCCGAGGCCGGCUGCUGGAAGCAGCGUCGUCAGGGACAAGGACGCUACUACCAUGAUGAGGAGGAGGCUGUACCAGCAGCAGCACCCGCCGUCGUCGUCCGGCGCAAGGGAGCCGGGGGUGCCGUCCAUGCUGCUGCGCCGUGCGGCGGGCGGCGGCGGCGGCGGGCCGCGGUCGCUGAACGUGUCGUGCGCGUCGGAGGCGUCAAACGACUCGUUCUGCAGCCGGGCGUCCACCGGCAGGAUCGGGCGCCGGCCGGUGGGCCCGCCCGGCGUCGGCGCCGCGCACGCCCUGCGGAGGGCGGCCGGGUCGGCGGGGCCGCCCGCCGCUCGCCCGGUGGCCCGGAAGGCGGCGGCCAGCGUUGCGCCGGACGUCGCGGCGUCGCUGAUCGCCGUGGCGAACGGCGAGGCCGCGCCGGCGUUGACGGGGCCGCCGAGGUGCCCCUGGGUCACUCCUAACACUGAUCCAUGCUAUGCUGCCUUCCAUGACCAUGAAUGGGGAGUCCCGGUGCAUGAUGACAAGAAAUUGUUUGAGAUGCUAGUCCUGUCUGGUGCAUUGGCUGAAAUGACAUGGCCUGCAAUUCUCAGCAAGAGGGAAACAUUCAAGGAGGUUUUCAUGGACUUUGAUCCUCUAUUGGUAGCAAAGCUAAGUGAGAGGAAAAUUCUGGGGCCAUGCAGCCCUGCAAGGUCUCUCCUGUCAGAGCAUAGGCUGCGUAUAAUCAUUGAAAAUGCACAGGAGGUCCUAAAGGUCAUAGAGGAGUUUGGAUCAUUUGACAACUACUGCUGGGGCUUCCUGAACAGCAAGCCGAUGGUUGGCAGAUUCCGGCACCCGCGGGAGGUGCCGAUGAAGACGCCGAAGGCCGACGCCAUGAGCCAGGACCUGCUCCGGCGAGGCUUCCUCGGCGUCGGGCCGACGGUGAUCUACGCCUUCAUGCAGGCCGUCGGCAUGGCCAAUGACCACCUCGUCACCUGCUACCGCUUCGGCGAGUGCUGCAGCUGCAGCAGCAGCACUGAAGCUCCUGCCGCCGCCGCCAUGGAUGGCGCUGACAAUCACAGCAAGAGCAUGGUGAAAGAUCAGGAGGUGAACAUGAUCUGUGGAUUGGUCGAGUGCGUCAGCUUGGAGCCGUCGAGAGCUAGAGCCACCACCGUGCUCAGCAUCUCCUAGCAUUCGCUCAAUCGACGGCGGCAAUGGCGACUGAUCCAGUAGGAGCUUCACAGUUUGUUCACUGUAUAGAGUGAGUGAGUUUGCUGCAGUGGCCUCCGUUUUUCUUGGCGUGUCAGAGAUUGGGUUUGUGAAAUUGUGUAUAUGAUUGUUCAUUUGAGGUUUGGGUGAUAUGUGCUUUGCUUGAACUGUGUGGGUUCAGAGAAAGAUACAUACAUAGGUAGCCAAAAAAAAAAAGUUUCAGACGAUUUGAUCACCUUACCGGCUGCAGAUCAUGUAAAGUUGCAAUGUUGGUUUUAUCUAAUUGAUCAAGUGAUACACGCACAGAACCAUAAAAAAGUCUGAUUAUCCGGCUUUUGUCA